AAUAAGAUCUUCUCUCCCAAUUACAUGAUAGGAACCCAGAAUACCUAUAAAGAAAUAGGGCUUUUCAAAGGGUUUUCAUAGCCAUCAUCCUAUAAGAUGCUCAUGAUAAGCCUGUGAAGAUAAAGUCAGUAUUACUUUUCCCUCUUUGCAAGUGAGAAGACAGACAGGGAAAAGUUAUUAUGUUCAGUAUCACACAACCAAUAGGAUCUAGAGUGGCCUUUACUGAGACCUGGCAGGCAAAUGAUUUCUCAGACCUACCCCUCACCCCCACCCCCAAAGAAGCCCUCCCUCACUAGCGACACCCUAGGGAGGCAGCUAUAGGGGGGUAACAUGUGUGCGUGGCACCUUUUCCUUGACCAGCCCCUCCAGUACGCCUCACAGGAACCAAGUACGCCUGUGGAAGUGGAGGCUGUGGUGCGUGCACGGUGAUGGUGUCUAAGCGUGACCCGCUGUCUGCGAACAUAAGACACUUCUCCAUUACUGCAUGCCUGGUGCCCAUCUGCUCUCUGUAUGGGGCUGCUGUCACCACCGUGGAAGGUGUUGGAAGUAUCAACACCAGGCUUCACCCUGUGCAGGAGAGGAUCGCCAAGAGCCAUGGCACCCAGUGUGGGUUCUGCACCCCUGGGAUGGUGAUGUCCAUGUACACGCUGCUUAGGAACCACCCGCAGCCCUCGGAGGAGCAGCUCCUGGAAGCCCUGGGAGGUAAUCUAUGCCGCUGCACCGGGUAUCGGCCAAUUCUCGCAAGCGGAAGGACCUUCUGUGUGAUUUGCACAGAGUUAUUUGCGGAAGACGAGUUCCAGCCCUUGGACCCUACCCAGGAGCUUAUAUUUCCCCCAGAACUCCUGAGAAUGGCAGAGAAGCCAGAAAAACAAACCCUGAUUUUUCGUGGAGAGAGGGUUGCUUGGAUCUCCCCUGGCACCCUCAAGGAUCUCCUGGAGCUGAAAGCCAAACAUCCUGAAGCCCCUCUCAUCUCGGGCAACACCUCACUGGGUCCUGCAGUGAAAUCUCAAGGACAUUUUCACCCAAUUCUCCUCUCUCCUGCUAGGAUUUCUGAGCUCAGUAUGGUAUCCAAAACAAGUGAUGGACUGACAAUAGGUGCUGGCUGCAGUCUGGCCCAAGUGAAAGACAUUUUGGCUGAGCGAGUUUCCGAGCUUCCAGAGGAGAAAACUCAGACAUACCGAGCCCUCCUGAAGCACCUGAGGAGUCUGGCGAGCCAGCAGAUCCGGAAUAUGGCAUCCUUAGGGGGACAUAUUAUAAGCCGGCACUGCUAUUCGGAUCUGAAUCCAAUUUUGGCUGUGGGCAACGCUACCCUCAAUCUGAUAUCAGAAGAAGGUACACGGCAGAUUCCUCUAAACGAACAUUUUCUUGCCGGGUUGGCAAGUGCAGACCUAAAGCCAGAGGAAAUUUUGGAAUCUGUGUACAUCCCUCACUCUCAAAAGUGGGAAUUUGUGUCAGCCUUCCGACAGGCUCAGUGCCAACAAAAUGCCUUGGCCGAUGUGAACGCUGGCAUGCGAGUCAUCCUCAAGGAAGGCACAGACACCAUCAAGGACCUGAGCAUCGCUUACGGAGGGGUUGGGGCCGCCACGGUCAGUGCACAGAAAUCCUGCCAGCAGCUCGUGGGGAGGCCCUGGAAUGAGCUGAUGCUGGAGGAAGCUUGCAGGCUGCUUCUGGAAGAAGUCUCCCUCCCAGGCUGGGCUCCAGGGGGGAAAGUGGAAUUCAAGAGGACUCUGGUGGUCAGUUUCUUCUUCAAAUUCUACCUAGAAGUUCUGCAGGAACUGAAGAAGCUGGUAAAGCUUAUGCCUGACAGCCAUCAUUAUCCUGAAAUUUCAGACCAAUUCCUAAGUGCUCUAGAAGACUUCCCCAUCACAGGACCCCAGGGAGUCCAAAGGUACCAGCGUGUGGGUUCUCACCAGUCCCUCCAAGAUCCAGUUGGACGCCCCAUCAUGCACCUAUCAGGUCUUAAACAUGCUACAGGUGAAGCCAUAUUUUGUGAUGACAUUCCAAUGGUGGAUAGAGAACUUUUCAUGGUUUUGGUGACCAGUACCAGAGCCCAUGCAAAAAUUAUAUCAGUUGAUUUGUCUGAGGCCCUUGACCUACCAGGGGUGAUUGAUGUGAUAACAGCUGAGGACAUUCCAGGCACCAAUGGGUCUGAGGAUGACAAAUUGAUGGCUGUAGAUGAGGUGCUUUGCGUGGGCCACAUCAUCUGUGCUGUGGUUGCAGAGACAGAAGUACAGGCAAAGAGUGCAACUGAAAAGAUAAAGAUCACCUAUGAAGAUCUGGAGCCAGUAAUCUUCACCAUCAACGAUGCCAUAAAGCACAACUCAUUCCUAUGCCCUGAAAAAAAACUUGAACAAGGAAACGUUGAGGAGGCAUUUGAAAAAGUCGAUCAAAUUGUUGAAGGAGAGGUCCACGUUGGAGGACAGGAACAUUUUUACAUGGAAACACAAAGAGUGCUUGUUAUUCCGAAGGCAGAGGACAAGGAACUGGACAUUUAUGUGUCAACACAGGAUCCAGCCCACGUACAGAAAACAGUGUCCUCUACUUUAAACAUCCCCAUCAACAGGAUCACCUGCCAUGUCAAACGGGUGGGUGGAGGUUUUGGUGGGAAAGUAGGAAGACCAGCUGUAUUUGGAGCUAUUGCAGCUGUGGGCGCUAUCAAAACUGGUCAUCCCAUUCGUCUUGUUCUUGAUCGCAAAGAUGAUAUGUUAAUAACUGGGGGAAGACACCCAUUAUUUGGAAAAUAUAAAGUGGGAUUCAUGAACAAUGGGCGAAUCAAAGCUCUGGACAUCGAGUGCUUUGUCAACGGAGGAUGCAUGCUGGAUGACUCUGAGCUGGUAACAGAAUCUCUUAUAUUAAAGCUAGAAAAUGCAUAUAAAAUCCGCAACCUCAGGUUCCGGGGCCGUGCAUGCAUGACAAAUCUACCAUCUAACACAGCCUUUCGCGGAUUUGGCUUCCCACAAGGAACCCUGAUAACAGAAUCUUGCAUCACAGCUGUGGCAGCCAAAUGUGGCCUUCUGCCAGAAAAGAUUAGGGAGAAAAACAUGUACAAAACGGUUGAUAAAACCAUCUACAAACAAGCGUUCAGCCCUGAGACCCUGAUAAGAUGUUGGAAUGAGUGUCUGGACAAGUCUUCCUUUCACAGCAGAAGAAUGCAAGUGGAAGAGUUUAACAAGAAGAAUUAUUGGAAGAAGAAAGGCAUGGCAAUCAUCCCCAUGAAGUUCUCAGUCGGCUUUGCUGCAACAAGCUAUCACCAGGCAGCUGCCCUCGUUCAUAUCUACACAGAUGGCUCUGUAUUGGUCACACAUGGAGGCAACGAACUGGGACAAGGUAUUCACACCAAAAUGCUGCAGGUUGCCAGCCGUGAAUUAAACAUACCCAUGUCUUCUCUGCACAUCUGUGAAACAAGUACGGCCACAGUGCCUAAUACAAUUGCCACGGCAGCUUCCAUUGGUUCGGAUGUCAACGGCAGAGCCGUUCAGAAUGCUUGUCAGAUCCUUCUGAAACGCCUCGAGCCCAUCAUUAAGAAAAAUCCAGAAGGUACAUGGGAAGACUGGAUAGAAUCUGCUUUCGAACAAAGAAUCAGUCUUUCAGCCACUGGAUACUUCAGGGGCUACAAGGCCUUCAUGGACUGGGAGAAGGGAGAAGGAGACCCUUUUCCAUACUAUGUCUAUGGAGCAGCCUGUUCAGAGGUUGAAAUUGACUGCCUGACGGGAGCUCACAAGAAAAUCAGAACAGACAUUGUCAUGGAUGCAUGUUGCAGCCUAAAUCCCGCUAUUGAUAUUGGGCAGGUUGAAGGUUCCUUUAUUCAGGGAAUGGGCCUUUAUACCACUGAAGAGCUGAAAUAUUCCCCAGAAGGUGUUCUGUACUCUCGAGGCCCAGACGAGUACAAAAUUCCAACCAUCACUGACGUCCCAGAGGAGUUCAAUGUCUCCCUGUUGCCAUCCUCACAAACCCCACCAACCAUCUAUUCAUCCAAGGGCCUGGGAGAGUCUGGGAUGUUCUUGGGCUCGUCUGUGUUCUUUGCCAUCACUGAUGCUGUGGCCACAGCACGCAGGGAAAGAGACACAGUGGAGGACUUCACAGUGAGGAGCCCAGCAACGCCAGAACGGGUUCGAAUGGCCUGUGCAGAUCGUUUCACAGAGAUGAUCCCAAGAGAUGACCCGAAGACAUUUAGACCUUGGUCUAUCCCUAUAGCAUAACAUUGCUGUCAUUUCCUAAAAGGUGUUUCAGUUUUUCAAGAGUGAAAAGACGGUUUGUGAAUCCAAACUGAUAUUCUUAUACUGUGUGGAAAAAAGACACGAAUUUUAGGAACAUUAUUCAAGUCUCUGAUUAGGUUAAAAAUGAAUCAUUAUUUAUAAAUUAUUUACUUAGAUUUUCUAGGCUAGAGGCCACCAGACAAACUUUGCAAUAUCCACAGUAGCCAAAUUUAAGUUUGAUUUGUUUCUGAAGAUAUCAUGUAAAUAUUGCUCUAAAAGCAAAUUGUUUUUCUGUGUCCAUCCAAUCUAGCUGGACUAGUAGUGCAAGUUACAAACCUAGAAGGAAAAACACUUCUCAGUAAAUAAACAUGUGAUUACUUUUCCCAAGGAUGUGUUCAAUUGAGUAGCCAAGGGUGAUUACUUUUCUCAAGGAUACGUUUGAUUCAGUGGCAACAGGUAAGAACACCGCAAGACUUCUGCAAGUUUUUGUUUUGUUCCUACUGUGAAUUAGCUAUGUGUCUCUGCGUGUAUAUUUGACAGCAAAGGAGUGGUAUUUUACUCACCUAGGUCAGCUGUUCAACUGGGUAACAUUCUUUUGGAAUUUGGAGAUAAAAAGCAAUGUAAAAACAUUUUCAAUGUAUUAUCAUAAAACCCUUUAAUUUUUUUUGUCUAUAAAAAACAUCUGAUAUAGUAUCAGUUUCAGAAAUACUUCACCACUCAGUUUCCCAUAUAUUGAAGGGAGUAACACAGAACAAAAGAGUUCUAAAUUGUAAUCAUCCCGACGUUGUAGUUUAACACAUAUGGGAUCCACCAAAUUCCAUUGAUCUGAGUUUUGGAGGCCCUCAGAGGAGGAGAAACCAGAAUAUGAAUUAGGCCGUAUUUGACCAGAAAGCCGGGAGGUAAACUGACACUCUGUCAGCCAGAAUUUGCAUGAUAAAGUCACCCAGCCACCAUCUGCAGUGACUCCAGAAGUAAGUGAGGGAGGAGGGGCUGAUCUCAGAGUGCGGGGUGACGGGUGAGAGGAGGCAAAGAUCUGGCUUGCAGUGCAGGAGGCUGUAGGUCACUGGAAGCAGUGAGCACAUCUGGUUCAAGGGACUGGGAUACGGCCGUGCACAGGCCUGUCCACUGACUUCGGAGGCUUCACUAGGCCACGGGAGUCUAAGGGAAGAAGUGGGACUGGAGCACGAAGAGAAAGGAGAUCAGAACAGAAGGUUCAUAGGCAGGACAAAAAGUUACACAAGAUUUUUGCACAAGUGAGCAGAAGAGCUGGGGAACUUAGUGGGAGUAGCCAGGGUAAAAUAAGUUGAAAGUAAUUAAAAAAAAAAAGUUUUGGCUCUCAAAAAUAAAAUCUUUCACUAUGUAAUCUAAUGUGAAUAUAAGAAAUUUGCUUUGGGCGCCUGGGUAGCUCUGCCUUCAGCUCAGGUCAUGGUCCCAGAGU